AUGAUUUGCGCUGGCAGCGGACAAUUGGGUAAAAUGCCAGAUAAUAGCCCGUCAAUUAAUUGGAUACCGGUCAAUAUCGAUAGCUCAUAUGUUGUUGAUAUUGCACUGCAAUCAACGUUGAAUCAAUCAUUCAGCGAACGUGUACACCAUUUAUUAAAUCCUCACGAAAUUAGUUGGCGAGAGUUUCUCCAACAUUUUCAGGCUGCCGAAUUAAAAUUUCGAAUUAAAUUGUAUCGACAAGUGAUUGAUUUAAUUCAAUUUUGA